CCGCGUUGUGUGUAGUGAUUCUAACUCGCGACUCAAUUAACUCGCCAUCCGACGACGAUGACGGACAGUUUCUAGUGUGCCGGCGAUCAUCACACUCGCGCCGAUAGUAUGGAUCACGAGCGAAAAGUGAAGUUUCUAACGACGGAGCUGGUGGAGAAGAUUCUGCGCCAGAAUGCGGAUCUACAAGACUAUCGUCUACGGGAGGGAGAGGACAGUUGUACCCUUACCACUCCAAAGGGGCUGGAUGGCUUUAUGUCGGUGAUUCAUCGGUUAACGCUGGAGCUCGAGCACAAGCGCACAAGAUCACCCAAAACACUGACACUGAUGGUCAAGGUCAUGAAGGGGGAUGACGAUUUCCGCCAGAAGUCACUCGGAUUGGUCCUCUUCCCGAACGAGAUCAAUGUUUACUCGCACGUGCUGCCAACAUUCGAGCAGCUAAUUCGUGAGAGCGAUGCACCGAUCAAUCUGACCACGCUCUGCCCUCGGAUCUACCUGGCCGAGUCUGGCGCUCGCUAUCCAGCUUACAGCGACCAGGAGGAAACAUUCCUGGCGAUGCAAGACGUAGCCUCGAGUGGUUUCAUACCCGGACCACGACUUAACCUCGAUCGACCUCAUCUGGAGCAGAUGGCACGCAAGGUGGCUCAGUUUCACGCCUGUUCCUACGCCCUCCGUAUCGGUGGCCACUCGGACCGGCUACGAUCGCUCGUGAAUCGCAUCAUUCCACUUAACUUCAUCCAGGACGGAGCGAUCUUCUUCCAAAGUUAUGACAUCGUCUUCAAGGUAGUCUUCGAGCGUUUGUUCCGCUAUCUUCACACCAAUCCGGCCUCGCUCGCGGAGCUGAGUGAUGAGGUCCGGGAGAAGAUCGACCUGCUGGAGCACAAGUACGGCACGAACCCAUCGGAACUGAUGCAACGCUGUCUGGCGAGGGAUGACACGUACUCCGUCAUUCUGCACGGUGACUACAACCGCAACAAUGUGCUCUUCCGGUACGAGAACGGUACGCCCCAGGAUGUGAUGUUGCUGGACUUCCAGGAGAACCGGUACGGUUCGCCGGCGCUCGAUCUCUCGUUCUUCAUGUACAUGAACAUGCCACCGGAAGCGUGGCAGGAUGGGCGCUGGGAACAAGUCCUUACGGCCUAUCAUCGCGAGCUCAUCGGCUGUAUUUGUGCCAUCACACACCUCGAACCGGACGACAGUAGCCUGCUACCGUAUGGGUACGACGCGAUGAAACGACAUCUGGCACAGUAUUUCAUCUACGGAGCAGUAAUAGCCAUCAAAUUUCUACCCUGCAUGCUGUCGAGCGAGUCCGAGGUGGAGCAGAUUGUGCAUCACUUCCACACGGACAUCACGGCGCCCGGUUUUCGCGAUAUCUAUCUGAUCGCCGGUGGUGAACCGGUCAACGAGCGACUGACGAAGGUUCUCAUCCAUGCCACCGAGCAAGGUUACUUGGAUAUGCUGUAGAGCGGCAUCGCACCGUUAGCAUAGAAAGUGAUUUUGAAAGAGAAAUAUUUACCCUCAAACGCUAGCUGCGAUGAAUUGCGAUGUCAAAUGAAUCUGUCAUCCAUCAGUUUUGUAGAAUAGAUGUAAAGGACCUUCGCUUCUAAAACUCCCCGUUUUCCAAUGUG